AUGUUUGAUAGAAAGAUCUUGGCAAAGAUUCUUUUUUGGCGCUUGUCGUCAGUAGCAGGCGAUUUGUUGUCCAGCUAUCAGCACUGUUGGGGGGGGGUCCAAGGUAGAAGUACAUUUUCAGCGGUUUUGGCUAUCGGGAGGCUUUGGAACAAUGCAGGGCUGCUGCUGGAUGGAGAAAGUACUUGCUGGCAUUGGAUCAAGGCGAAAGCUUUUGAUCGAGUGAAUCAUGAAAUAUAUCUGUGGUUGCUGCUUGGUAGAUACGGCCUGCAGGGGAGGUUUAUAGAUUGGCUGAAGACAUUAUAUAAAGGGGCUGAGAGCUUCCCACUUGUUAAUGGUUGGGUUGGGCGGCCUUUUGAGGUCGGCUCUGGUGUGCGCCAGGGAUGUCCUUUGAGCCCCCUGCUAUAA